GUCUUGUACGAGCCGAUGAAGGAGAUCGCGGCGAAGUACCCGCCGUGGAUAAAAAAGAACAAGAAGAACCUUCCGGACGAGGAGGUGAUUCGGUACGAAGCGCAGCUCGUGAAGGUGCGCGCGAUCGUGACCGCCUUUGAAGACGAAAACACCGACUUCGCCAAAGUCGUGACGCUCUUGCAAGAGAUGCAGUCGUUCGGUCUGCCCCCGGAUGAGAUCAUGAAGGAGCUG